AGGGAAUGACGGGCCGGGGGUGGGGCGCCGCGCAGCCCGGGGCGCGCAAGCAGCACGCGGGAAGCACCGCUGCGCGCGCCCUGGCCCCUGGUCCCAGUGGGCUGCGGUCCGCGCGCAGCCGCGCCUCCCUCUCGGAGGCGGGAGGAGCCUGCCGCAGCCAUGUUUGUGGCGCGCAGCAUCGCGGCGGACCACAAGGAUCUCAUCCACGAUGUGUCUUUCGACUUCCAUGGGCGGCGGAUGGCCACCUGCUCCAGCGACCAGAGCGUCAAGGUCUGGGACAAAAGUGAAAGUGGGGAUUGGCAUUGCACUGCUAGCUGGAAGACACAUAGUGGAUCCGUGUGGCGUGUGACGUGGGCCCAUCCUGAAUUUGGCCAGGUUUUGGCUUCCUGUUCCUUUGACCGAACAGCUGCUGUUUGGGAAGAAAUAGUAGGAGAAUCAAAUGAUAAACUGCGAGGACAGAGCCACUGGGUGAAGAGGACAACGCUAGUGGACAGUAGGACAUCUGUUACUGAUGUAAAGUUUGCUCCUAAGCAUAUGGGUCUUAUGUUAGCCACCUGCUCAGCAGACGGUAUAGUAAGAAUAUAUGAGGCACCAGAUGUCAUGAACCUCAGCCAGUGGUCUCUGCAGCAUGAGGUUUCCUGCAAGCUAAGCUGCAGUUGCAUUUCUUGGAACCCUUCAAGCUCUCGAGCUCACCCCCCCAUGAUCGCAGUGGGCAGUGAUGAUGGUAGUCCUAAUGCAAUGGCCAAGGUGCAGAUUUUCGAAUAUAAUGAGAACACCAGGAAAUAUGCCAAAGCCGAAACUCUCAUGACAGUCACAGAUCCUGUCCAUGACAUUGCUUUUGCUCCAAACUUGGGGAGGUCAUUCCAUAUCCUAGCCAUAGCAACCAAAGAUGUGAGAAUUUUUACACUGAAGCCUGUGAGGAAAGAACUUACUUCCUCCGGUGGGCCAACCAAAUUUGAAAUCCAGGUGGUGGCUCAGUUUGAUAAUCAUAAUUCCCAGGUCUGGAGAGUGAGCUGGAAUAUAACAGGGACAGUGCUGGCAUCAUCAGGAGACGAUGGCUGUGUCCGACUGUGGAAAGCUAACUAUAUGGACAACUGGAAGUGCACUGGGAUUCUGAAAGGUAACGGGAGCCCUGUCAGUGGGAGUUCUCAGCAGGGAAACGCAAAUCCUUCCCUAGGUUCAAAUACCCCAAAUCUGCAGCAUUCACUAAAUGGAUCUUCUGCCAGCAGACUUUGUUUGCUGAAGCAUGAGGUCCCCUUCGAGGCGGUCGCCUGGAGGACAGCUGUUUUCAUGACAGUGUUUUCACUCGCUGUUACCAUUUUGAGGUCGUUCGACUGGAGUUUUUACUGCCCCAAAAUAAACUCUUUCUCCGGAUUUCAAGUUUUAGGGCAAAGAUUACGUGAGAUGGAGGAUUUUCGAGGUAUAGCUGAAGAGUCCUUUCCAAGCUUUUUAACCAACUCAUUACUUGGUAAUAGUGGGAUUUUGGAAAAUGUCACUCUUUCUUCAAAGCUUGGCUUGCCUGUUGCUGUCUCAACACUUGCUAGAAAUAGAUCCGGCACUGAUAACAGGUAUUCUGAUGUCCAGGCUUCUUAUUUAGUGGAAGGAAAGUUUUUGGUUCCAUCUGAGUCGCCCGGCAGCCAGAGUGAAGGUGUGCCGAGAGAGAGGUUACAGCUUGUCUUCCAGGAUGAUGAUUCCAUCUCCAAGGAAAAGAACCAUGCAGAAAGUCAGCAGUUGUCAGAUGUUGUUCUCAAAGCGGCCGUUUUUAAAAAUGGAGGGGUAGGCGCAGAGGAGCAGGCGGCAGCCAGGAACCCCCUGCAGAGCCAAGGUCCCUCUGAUGGGGUUUCACCGGUGGAACAAGAGCAAGACUUUCCUCUUGAUUUUUGUUCACCAUCAUGGAUGAAUAAGGAGAACAAGGUUGUUGUUCCUGAUGCUGGAAAACCUUUUGAAGAGAGGGAGCCAAACAGUGACUUGAGCCACACAAGUUUCCUAGAAAAUGAGAGACUGAUGGCCUUGGCAAGCCUGGAAGAGUCUUCUGAUGAUGAUAUUGAUGAUGAAGAAUUUUAUGAUGAUCAUUUGGAAGCUUAUUUUGAGCAACUGGCAAUUCCAGGAAUGAUGUAUGAAGACCUAGAAGGACAGGAACCUCCAGAACACUAUUUUAAGUUACCUACAAGUGAUCCUAGUCAGGCAGAUAAAAACAGCAUCUCUCUGCUCUCCCAUGACUCAUGCUCUUCAGGCGGCUCCGAAAUUCCCUGCGGAGAGUCUGGUGGGGGGCACGUCUGUCCCUCUGCAACCCAUAGUUCUGUCUGUCCUGGAGAUAGUAGGCGGCACGUGGAUGGUGUGUUACGCGUUUCCUCUAGUACGUGGGGAACUGAAAAGGAGAAAGAAAGGGCAGAUGGGUUGAAGAGUAUUGUUCCACUUUGUGGCAGAGACAGUGGAAGAGAGGUUGUCCUGAUGAAGACUCUGAGGGCUACUAAUGUUUACUUUCAUGACACAAAUGCAAGUGAAGGUGAUGUUGGCCUGGUGGACCCUGCAAAGCUGGCAGCCGGGUCUCCUCAUCAGAAUAAGCAUUUAGCAUCAGCUUCAGAGACAGUGUUGCCUGUGGAUGGAUUUUUAGACACUGAGACACGUAAAGUGUCCAUUCAAAAAAGUGUGGACGUGGCAUCUUUGAAGUCUGUUAGUGACAAUGGAUUUAAUUCCACCGAUGCUCUUUGGUCACCAACUAGUGCAAGGCACACAUGUGAAUCUUACGAGUUGGUUGGAAACAGCAAGGACCAAAUGGAUCUACCACAGAGCAUUGUCUAUCAAAAUGAAGAGGGCAAAUGGGUCACUGAUCUUGCUUAUUACACAUCCUUCAAUAAAGAACAGGAUUUAAAUGUGUCACUAAGCAAGGAGCUCAGUGAAGACUUCAGAUCUGGCUCUGACGCAUUGGAUUUGAUUGCACAUGAUGAAGAAGAAUUUAAUAAAGAGCACCAAUUUAUGCAGGGCGAAAGUGUGGGUGUCCAGAACACCUCAGAGGCCUUGGGGGAUACUUCCUGGGGGGCUUCAGCCAAUUACAGUCUGUUGAGGAGGUCACUUAGCACGUCUGAUUUGGACAGAGAUGACGCCAGUUACCGACGUCUGUCUUUGGGAGAAUUCUUUGCUCAAAGGUCUGAAGCUCUUGGUUGCCUUGGUGGAGGUUACAAUGUGAAAAGACCAUCAUUUGGUUAUUUUAUUAGAUCACCAGAGAAGAGAGAACCUGUUGCUCUAAUAAGAAAAUCAGACUUAUCAAGAAGUAUUGAAAAAGAAAUGGUUCAUCUUAAUCACAGUCUAUUUGCAGGAGAUUUAAAGGCACAACUAAGUGAAGGCUCAGUUACACUUGAGGCUGAAGAACUGGAGAAUAUUUCACAAGUGGAUGAAAAUGAUGUGACUUUAACUGCCAGUAAAAGGAAAACAGAGGACACUUUCACCUCAGACAGCAAACCCCAGAGAGGCAGAAGCGAGCUGCCUCGUGCUGGUGACUCUGUGCUCAGAAUCAGCACCAUUGCUUCGGCCAUUGCAGACGCGUCUGUUAGCGCAGAUCCCUCCCAGCUGGCUGCCAUGAUCAAGGCACUUUCCAAUAAAACCAGAGAGAAGGCUUUGCAUGAAGAUGGUAAACAAGAGCUCAGUCCCACUGUGUCUCACUUCUUACCUCACGAUCUGGAAAAAAGUAAUGGAUCCAGCACGUUUGACAUGGAGAAGUACCUUCAGAAAACAGAAAUCAGUAGAUGUGAAGGUGGACCAGGAGACCUCUCAAGAGCUGGUGUGUCUGAUAUUUGGGAUUUAUCUUUGUCCAAAGAACAGACUACACGUGACAUCCAUGCAGUGGACAUGGGCACUGCUAGCAUAAGUGUAAGGGAGCCACAAGGUCUGGCAGCUGCUUUUUAUGGCGAAAAUGGAGCAAGCUCGAACCAGGCCUCAUUGAGGACAGUGAACUCUUCAAAUUCAGUUCUUACAAAUAUGAGAGGGGGUGCUGGAGUCGAUGUGAAGACACAUUCUGUUGAGCACAAAGCCCCAGAUGCUGGGGAUGGUGGAGACACUGCCUUGGCACCAGCUCUAGGCUCUGAUGGCUUCGCAUCAGUGAGAAACGCCAGGGUGGCUUCACUUUGGCUGUCGGAGGAGUGUGAAGUGAGACAGAAGAGCAGGGGAUGUCAGAGGCAGAGUGAGCAUGCCAGUGAGAUGAGCAACAGUGAGAAGCAUGUGACUUUUGAAAACCAUUCCGUAACAUCACCAAAAAGUAUUGAUGUGAAAAAUUCUUCUCCUGAGCACGGUGGACUUGGCUCAGAGGACGACCAGGAUAGCUUCCGACCAUCCACGUCUCCACUGAGUCAUUCUUCUCCUAGCGAAAUUUCUGGAACAAGUUUGUCAGGGUGUGCCCUGGAGUCUUCUGGUUCAGCAGCUUGUCCACAGGUGCCCCCUGGUGAGAGGGAGUCAUCCCAGCUGAUGUGCCCACAAUCAAGUGUGAGCAGGUUGACCUAUGUAUCUGAGCGGGACAGCUCGUGGCCCACCACAGCCUCAGAUCGUGGCCUUGAGGACCGCAAGAGCGAUAUCACCACUGAGCUGAGCACCACGAUUAUUCAGGCCAGUCCACUUCCAUCUCAGGAGCCAGCUGUGGAUAGGUUUAGAGAAGAAAGGCCAUUUCAAAGUCGAGCAAAAGGAGCAUUAGUGUACAUCACCCAGAAGAGCUUGGGUCCGGAGCAUGUGACUGAGACCACUUCUCUGAAUAGCAGACCUGAAAGAGGAAAACCUCGCUUGAGAUCCAGUUCAGAGCUUUGCUCCAGAUCUGAAGACCUGUCGGAAGCCAGUGUACUGGGUGUGCCCUCAGGCCCCCGUGAGGAGGACCGGCUCAGCCCGGCUCUUCUGAGCCACCCGGGCCUCCAACCCCCGGCCGCACUCCGCCUGCCCGCAUCCCGCCAGGCGCCUGUGGGUGCGGCUGGGAGGGGAACCCCUGAAGACGUGUCAGGUGGCCAGGGCUGUCACCAGAUGGCCUCAGCAGGUGGCUCUGCUCCCGAGACGCAGCCUGUGGCACCCACACUCACAACACAACAUCCCCCACCAGCCCCAAUGCCCUUUGCCCAGCCAUACCCGGGAACCCUGCCACAGAGCACCAUGGUCUGUGGGUGCUCAGGAGGCUGUCACCCUGCCAUCACAGGGGAGCACAUUCGGAGCGUGGCACCCAUGGGCAUCUGUCUGGGACAGAGUGUUGGCUCAGGCUGGAUGGGUGCCGUCUCCCUCUGUGACCUGUACCCGAGUGCUGUGAGUCAGAGCCUCUUGAGUACAGCAAAGCCUUUUCCUGCACAGGCUGCUGCCACCAGCUGUGGCAUUGAAUCUUGGGACUCAGGAGCAGUGACAGGAUUUGGGACUGUGAGCGUGCCUGAGGAGUUGAAGUUCCCACAUGCUUGCUGUGUUGGCAUCGCUUCUCAGACCUACCUCAGCGUACUGAACCCCACUGACCGCUGGCUGCAGGUCAGCGUCGGGGUUCUCAGCGUCAGCGUCAAUGGCGAGAAGGUGGAUCUUUCAGCUUAUCCUUGUUUGGUUUUCAAGAAUAAAGUCAUCGUAAGACCUCAUGCCACAGAAGACAUCAAAGUGCUUUUCAUACCCUCUGAUCCUGGGAUUUUCAGAUGUAUCUUCAGUGUUGCCUCUUGGCCGUUUUCAGCAGAUGCAGAAACAGUAGUACAAGCAGAAGCCUUGGCGAGCAGGGUCGUUCUCACCGCCAUUGCUGAGACCCCCAUGAUCGAGGUGGAAACAGAAAAGAAAGAUGUUCUUGAUUUUGGUGACUUGACUUAUGGAAGUUGGAAAGCUUUGCCGUUGAAACUAAUAAACAGGACUCAUGCCACCAUCCCAGUCAGACUUAUUAUCAAUGCUAAUGCCAUGGCCUGGCGCUGCUUUGCCUUCUCCAAGGAGCCCAUUCACCCAGCUCUGAAGGUUCUUCCUUACGCCGAUGUGGUUGCUCAGCUGACAGCCCCUUCUGUGAUCAACCACAUGAUGCCCGCCAGCUCCGAUGGGCAGGAUCCAGAAUUUCUGAUAAUUUGGGUUCUUUUCCGUAGUCCAAAGAAACAGAUCACUUCUUCAGAGAUUCUAGACUCAGCAGAAGAAUUCUUGGCAAGAGUUGAUAUCGAGGUUGAUAGUCCAAACCCUACACCAAUCAUUAAAAGUAUCAGUCUUCGAGCAAGAGCAGGAGUAGCCAGGAUCCAUGCUCCGAAAGACCUCCAGACCAUGCACUUGUUGGCCACUGUGGCUUCCUCAACAAGGCAGUACUUACCUUUGAAAAAUGCUGGGAAUAUUGAUGUCUGCCUGGAUAUCAAGAUCCCAGGGCAAGGAAGCCGCUUGUCAGUGGAUCCAGAGAAGCUGUUCCUCAAACCAGGAGAAGAACAUGAAGUGGCGGUUUCGUUUACUCCGGAGGAUCCCGGAGCCUGUGAGGAAAGGAUCUUGAAAAUAUUCGUGCAGCCAUUUGGGCCUCAGUACGAAGUGCUAUUAAAAGGUGAAGUAAUUUCUUCAGGAAAUCAGUCUCUGACACCUGGAUCUUGCUGCUCCGAUAUCCCACCAAUUUUAUCAAACAAGCAGUUUCUGGCCUGGGGUGGCAUCCCUCUCGGUAGAACCCAGCUCCAGAAAUUGGCUUUAAGAAAUAAUUCCAUAUCUACCACCCAACUCUUAAGACUGCUUAUUAGAGGACAGGACCAAGAUUGCUUUCAGCUUCAGCAUACAUUUGGUUCAGAAGAGCGACUUACCAGUAACUGUGAGAUCAGAAUUCGUCCAAAAGAGGACAUUUGCAUUUCUGUGUUAUUUGCACCUACUCGAUUAUCAUGUAUGUUGGCCAAACUAGAAAUUAAACAACUUGGAAUUCGAUCACAACCAGGCGUUAAGUUCACGAUACCUUUGUCUGGAUAUGGAGGAACAAGUAACCUGAUUUUGGACAAUGUUAAAAAAUUAUCUGACAGUUACAUGGUAACAAUGAAUGACUUAGUGCCUGGCAAAGAAAGUAGAAUUGUUUUUUCUGUUCGUAACACUGGCUCUCGUGCAGCUUUUGUUAAAGCAGUAGGUUUUAAGGAUUCUCAGAAAAAAAUUUUGCUGGAUUCUAAAGUAUUAAAGAUUGUUCCAGAUACAUUUGUGCUCAAGGAAAGAACACAAGAAGAUGUUACUAUAAUAUAUAAUCCAUCAGACAGCGAAAGCAAUUAUAAAACCACACAACUAUCAACUAUAUACUUUUUUGGUGGAGAUGAAAUUUCAAGACAGCAGUUUCGAAGAGCCGUGCUGCAAGACCCGGGGCUGGUGAGGCAGGCCCUGCCGGCGCACAGCGUGCUGCAGAACAUCAACUUCGCCGUGGCCUUCCAGGAUGAGCUGCAGGUUGCAGAAGUCUAUGAUCUUCCUCAGCGGCCCAAUGACGUUCAGCUCUUUUAUGGAAAUAUGCGCAAGAUUAUCCUUUCAGUAAUUGGGGAAUUUAGAACAUCCACUCCUAACAGAGACCACCAUUCGCCUGCGUCCCGGGCUAGCUCAGAGCCUUCCAGUGACCCUGGCAGUUGUGGGAAGCAUGGGGGUAACGUUUCUUUGGAUGUUUUGCCAGUUAAAGGUCCUCAGGGCUCCCCGCUGCUUUCCCAAGCCAUUCACCCACCUCAGGACAGAUCGGUCUCGGAAGAAGUGUGGGCUGUGCAGCCUGAACACUUGGUCCUGGUCGCCCCUUCUUAUGAUAUGGGGAAAACUGGACGUUUCCAGAUCAUCAACCAUUCUGUUAGGUUACUGAGAUUUGAGCUGUACUGGCCGGCGCAUUGCCUGACAGUGACGCCACAACAUGGGUUUAUUGCGCCAGAGAGUAAGCUGCAGAUUCUGGUGAGUCCUAACUCCUCCUUGUCUGCAAAACAUGCAAUGUUCCCGUGGAGUGGCUUGAUCUACAUUCACUGUGACAAUGGGCAGAAGAAAAUUGUGAAGGUUCAAAUUCGAGAAGACUUGACCCAGGAAGAACUUUUCAUUCGUUUGACCUCCAGUGCCCCUGGAGUCCUUUCCCUGGGACCUGAGCCCUCAGUUAGCCAUCUGGUGAAACCGCUGAGAAAACCGCCUUCCACCAGGGUUGAGAUAAGAAACAAGACUAUUAUUUUUCCCACAACAGAACCUGGUGAAACUUCAGGAAAUCACCUGGAACUUGAGAAUCACGGGGACACGCAAGUGCGAUGGUACCUGUCAUCUCUAGCCCCUCCUUAUGUCAAGGGAGUGGACGAGAGUGGGGAUGUUUUUAGGGCUACCUAUGCUGUGUUCAGGUGUUCUCCUAUUUCCGGUGUCCUGGAAAGUCAUGGAGUCCAGAGGGUGUCAAUCACGUUUUUGCCCAGAGACAAAGGGGAGUAUGCCCAGUUUUGGGAUGUUGAGUGUCACCCUCUUAAAGAGCCUCACCUGAAGCACACCUUGAGGUUCCAGCUCUCUGGACAAAGUGUCAAAGCAGGACUUGAACCUGAAAAUGCACGCAUGUCCACGAAUGGCCUCAUUAAACUCGAUAAUGUAAUGAAGUCCCAAAGACGAGCUGAGUCAGAGGCCUCGGUCCCCAUUCCUAGGCAGCUGGACCUAAUUCACCGUGGAGUUUAUGCCCCACAAGACGUGUAUCAGUUUCUGCCAACGAGAGUUGGAGAAUCGAGGACGUUGAAAGUUAAUUUGCGAAAUAAUUCUUUUAUUACACACUCGCUGAAGUUUUUAAGUCCCAGAGAGCCUUUCUACGUCAAACAUUCAAAAUAUUCUUUGAGGGCCCAGCACUACAUCAACAUGCCCGUGCAGUUCAAGCCCAGGUCCACGGGCAGGUUUGAGGCUUUGCUGGUCGUGCAGACAGACGAAGGCAAGAGUGUGGCUGUCCGGCUGAUGGGUGAAGCCCUUGAAAAAAGUUAACUGGAAGCUUUUUGCAAAGUAAAUGACAUACAUUAUAUCUUGGUAACUUUAUUUUUUCUGCACUACAAUUAUGCUCUUGUAUAUAUUUUGUAUGAUAAAUUGGAUGUCUGUAACUAGAUUUUUCUAUUUCGAGAAGCUAAUCCCGAAGACCUGACGAAAAUAAUCAUGUGUCUAACCUACAAUAUGUAUGUAACUUUUACAGGGGAGAAGAGUUCUAUUUUUGCAUUGAUUAUGAUAUCCUUAGUAAAUAUGGCAUAUAUUUUAGUUGGUAUAUCCAGAAAUAAACUUAAUUUCCACUGAA